AGUAAUGAAAAUGAACACAAUUAUGCGUCAUGAGAAAGUAUUAGCUUUAGUAAUCAAAGGGAAUGGCAGAAGCUUGUACUGUUUAUUAUGCAAUGUUUGCACAUAAAAGCGAUUUGAUCAAGAGGAGAGUUUAGCCUUUCCAAAUUUAUGGCUUCUAUGAGAUUGAGAGUUUCAUAACUCAUAUGAGAAGAAAAACUUAUCGAGGUGUCGAAUACACUAUGGAAGAUACGAAAAAAUGAUUCUAAUAUAUCAAUUAAUUAAAGUGUUUGUAGG